GGUCAGGAAGUUUGGGGGGAGGUGCAUACCGAAAACUGCUAUAUGCUUCUUUGUUGCAGAAGUAGGAAAGUGCAUUCACAGAUCUGGGUCUCACAUCCCAGCAUCAACUUUCUCUCUGGAUAGUAGAAAACUUGCAAAAAAACAAAACAGAAAUCCAAGCAGAAAAGGCACCAAAGCAGAAAAGGCACAGCCAAGAAACCAUGGAACUUAAAGUAUUUUUAAGUGCUGUAAUUACAAGGCUGUUUUUCAUCCUUCAUUCUAUAGUGGGAGUUUGGAGAGUUACAGAUAUUAAGAAGGACAGGACGUACUGGCUGCUGGCACUUCUGAACCUCUUUUUGUGCACAGAGAUGGUGCUGACAUUUAAAUUUAAGAAAGGCAGGAGUUUAAAAUGGUUUUCACCAGCAAUCUUCUGCUACUUGAUUAGCAUAGUACCUUCUCUCUGGCUCCUUGAAAUGAACCACUCCGAGUCAUGUCGUGAAAGUAAUUCGUCUGAAAGUACACAGGGCAUAUUAAACUAUACAGUUGCCAGUAAUACUGGUGUCCUUCCUCCUGAUGUCGUAAAAAUGGCGGUGAAAAUAGUGAAUAAAUUGAGCAGCAUAUGUGAAAGUACUUGGACUCUAGCACUUCACCAGACUUUCCUGUUGCUUCUAAUAAUUGGAAAGUGGUUCCUCCCGAUUGGAGUGGGAAUUACCCGCGACCAGCUUUCUCAACUUCUUCUCAUGUUUGUGGGAACUGCAGCGGACAUUCUAGAAUUCACUAGUGAAACUCUGGAGCAUGUAAGGAGUAACAUGAUUCUAGUUUACUCAAUCCUAGCUGUAUGGACCUGGAGCAUGAUACAGUUUCCUCUCGACCUUGCUGUGCAAAAUAUUGGAUGUCAGCCAACAAAGUCGUCCAAGAGACCUGUGUGUUUAUUGCUCCACAGAUACAGUGCUGACCUUUGGAAUAUAGGAAUAAGCCUGUUGAUUCAAGAUGGCCCGUUUUUUAUAUGUAGACUGAUUCUUAUGGCCCAUUUUGAUGUCAUCAACCAAAUGCUGGUGUUUUUCACAGCAAAGAAUAUUUUAGUGGUGUUAUUACAACUUUACCGACUAGUAGUAUUGUUAAUAGACUUUUAUAACUCUUUGGGGAGUCAGGAAGAUAAGACAAAUGGAGCACAGGGUUAUUGCGCAUGUGGACCCACAGAUGAAGACCAAAACCAAGCGGUUAGUGAUGGUGAAAGUGAAACAAAGAGUACGGAAGAUAACAGCCCAGUCAUUCCACUACAGGAUACUCACAUAGAAGACCUAUGAACAAUGUUUUCUUGAGUACUUCAUUUGUAUGUCUAUUGUUUUCUCUGUUUAAUUUUAUAAAAGUAAGGAUGACCUAGAGGGAGGGAAGCACAAAACUGUUGCGAGUGCAUUAUGGGUUCAAAGCCUAAAACCUAAGAUGUUUUCAGACAGCUGAAUGUUAGUCAUUUGUAAAUAUACUAGCUUUGUCAUGUGUAAGCGGGGAACGUCACCUAAAUAUCGCCAACACUAAACAAUUCUACUGCAAACAGCACUACAUUUAAUGUUCAAAGAAAAAUAUUAAUUUUUCUAUGGGACUU